AUACCCAAUUUACGACCAAAACGGCUGAAAAACCGUACCCUUUGGGGCCGCACAUACCUAUAUAGCCCAUGUAAGGAAGUAGCCCCCACCCCCGGGGCUUUAGUACUGCAAUUUUUUAAAUAGAAUACUAACCAUAGAUACCCAUCCACGUGAUCUUCAUUCCUCUCAGUCAACUCCAUUGCUCGAUUGCAUGGCCUGCAUCUUAGUGGAUUGGCCAGCAAAUUGUGACCCUGCAACCAUCGAAUCAACUCUAAAAUAGGACCGUUUGAAAGGGUCGUAAUAUCAAUGAGGUUCAUUGUUUGCCCAGUGCUGCGAUAUUGACAGUCUCGACGAAUGGUCUCUAACACGGUACUUCCUGUAAAAUCUCCAAAUAUGGUAAUGAUUCCAAACAACUCUGCACUGAAACAUGAGUACCGUGGACCACGCGGCACAUCGUAUUGUCUUCCUUCGAAUCGUUUAGUGUGGUGUACGCAGAAAUUCCAUAAGAAUGUCGGACAAAGGUGGUCGAAAACCAAGAGCCAGGAAUCUCUCCAGAACUUUUAUACUUCUGAGAUCAGAUGAUUCGAAUAGUCGCGUUCCUAGAUCAGCAACGCUUAAGACACUCGAGGCAAGUGGACGAAUAAAGGAGAUUGAAUUUAGCAAUAAUGCGACAUCGCAGCACAUCACUGAGUUGGUCAUGAAUGCCUUUGGUCAACUUAACCAAUCAAACAUUUCCAGGCUUGUCUUGUAUAAGACUGUUGGAAACACAUCCGUUUUAAGCCGGGCUGGUAGAGCUGGAAACAUCUGCGGAGACACGCUCAAGUGUAUUUAUAAAUCUCGCGCAAAGGUGUUCCUUCGCUUAGAGGACGGUAAGUUUGAUCUUAUGCAUGUAAAGCAAUUGGAUUUCAUUUUUUUCACAGAAAGUGGAGAUGGUGCAGGGCCAAGUAAUCAAGAAGCCGGCCAAAGUCAAGCUGAAGGAGGAAAUGCAGCAACUCAACAAAUUGAGAUUGAGGAUGAUGAUUCCAGUACUGCCCUAGCUCCACAAUUCGAUGAUGACAGUGACGAUGAUUUAGGGACGCCAGUCUUCUCGUCCACUCCCACCCUAGUGCCCAAAUGUACAGAUUUUAUACAAAGGAAGGUGGAAAAGAUUGUGGAGACAUUUUAUAAUUCAAUCACUAUCAGUGGUGCAGUGACGAAGGAUGUUAAUCAGAGUGCUGAUCAGGCAACAGAAGUUGGAACUGUAGAAGAGGAGUGCAAUCAUCUGAUAGGUGCUGAAGCAAAUGAAUCAGCAGGACCUGCAUAUGAUGUGCAGCUCUUGACAAAGUUGAUGGAAGCGUAUAAAGUACCACAAAGGCUCCAGUUUCUCUGCCUUAAUGCUCAGGAAAUGAGGAGGCAGAGCCAUGAAGAUUGCACUCCACUAGUCCACCAGUCCGAGUAUUUACCUUUUUGGUUCAGAUCAUUAAUGACGACAAUAGAUCUUUUGCCACAGCUGGCCAAUUGCUAUGUACAUGUAGCUUUGAAAGGGAGCCAGUUUGACGAGGAAGCAUGUGGAAAGCAGGGAAUCUUCAACAGUGGAAGUGACAUCCAGGUGCACAUAAUGCAUCCAACAGCAUCGGCAGCUAGGAUGGUUGUAGGAAACAUUUUGACAGGAGAGGAAGACAACUUCCUUGUUCAAUUGAGCGAUUCAAUCCAGGAUGCUCAGGAAGCUGCCGAGGCUAUCAAAGCAAACAGGGAACUUUUACAGCAAAACAGAGUAAUACGGAGGCGACAAGAGGCGGAAUUAUUACUAUCGGAGCAGGAAGACCAAAGAAAACAUGCAGAAGAAACCCAAGAAAGUCAAAAUGAAACAGUUGCUGAUGAUGACGAGGUUCGACGCAAAAGGUUGUUAGCUUUAGAUGCCCAGGUUGGCACUUCGAAACGCCCCCGGGAAGAGAGUUCUGUGGCCGAUGAUAGUGGAACAGUAAGGAAGUUGUUUGGAAUCCAAUACGUUUUUCAUUGUUUGGGCUAAAAUAAUUUUAUGAUUGUUUACAUCAUCAUCUACCCACUUUCCCCUUCCCUUCACAGUUAAAAAAUAGAUGAACCUAAUCACCUUAAAUCGAUGCAGGGGGCACCAUCGUUCAUUCGUCCAUAACAGAGGCAAGAAAAGUAACUUAAAUUUCUAACUUGCCCAAUUGCCAAGGACCUAGGCAAGUAAUCUGCAAUCUAAUUUUAAAAAAAAGGAAACUAAGACUUGCCCAGGGCAAGCAAAAUUUGAGUGCUGCUUGUCAGAAUGGCAAACUGGAAAAAAAGGUUUUUCUCGAGUCCUGAGUUUCUUCACUUUCUGAUACUUAAUGGUACUCUUAACUGGGCUUUAUCAUCACUGAAAAUUAAAAGUAAAUACAUUCUUCUUUGAUUUUAUUUUCAGGUUACAUUCAGGAUAUAACUUAGCUGUAUCAUUGAUAAAUCAGUGAGAAAAUGCUGGUUAAAUAUUAAAUAAAUGAACAAAUAAAAAUAAAAAAAAUAGAACUUUUAGCAUUUCACCACUGAAUGAAAAGAAUCUUUUUGACCUUUUUGAAACUACUUUAUUACUACACAAUUACCUUAGUUACCUUAGUUAUCAAUGAUAUGUAGAUGAUUAAUGGGUCAAUAUUUUUACCAAAAUGCGAAUCCAUGUAGGAGUUAAAGACAGUCGAUUUAGUUUUGUUACAAGUAUUGCAUUAAGAAACUUUUAAAGUUGUAUGAAGUUGAUAGUUUAACAGGUUGGCCAUUGCAAUCAUUGCAUCUGUAUUUCAAAAACAUCGAAUCAU